GAGGUGGAGCCUAGAGUGAGAAGUCAGGCGGGGGGGGCGGGGGUGUCUGCUCUCCUGGUUCAAGGUGAGGAGGAGAGUACCUAGGGCCCAGACGCCUAGUUCUGAGGGUGCAGAGGGCUCGGGCCCUGGUCUUGUAGAUCCCAAGGGAAAAUAGAGCUGGGGGCCUGGACUCCUGCGGAAGGAGGAGGAAGGAAGGAGGCGGGGAUCUGACCUCCUCCGCCAGUAAUGAGGGGAUGAGAUGGGGACUCCUGGGUCGGAAGGAAGAGGGCGCCGGGGGCGGAAGUUCAGGGGUGGAGGAGGUGGUCAGAAGCCCCAACCAGGACCCGCUGAGCACCCGCUCCGCGUAGCUGUCUGGCCGCUGGAGCCCAGUGUUCACAAUGCGGCUGGGCCCGCACCCUGCAGUGGUGCUGUGCGGCUACUCGGCGCUGCGGGACGCAUUAGUGCUGCAAGCAGAUGCCUUCUCCGGCCGCGGGUUUUCGAACGCUUCACUCGCGGAAACGAUGUACAACAUUUUCCCCUCCCUCCUUGACUGGCUCCCGGGCCCGCACCACCGAAUCUUUCAAAACUUCACGGAACUUCGGGUCUUUAUCUCUGAGCGAACCCAGCGGCACCAGCAGACGCGGCAGCCUGGGGAGCCCCACGAUUUCAUCGAUUGCUUCCUGGAUCAAAUGGAUAAGGAACAGGAAGACCCAGAGAGCCAUUUCCAGGAGGAGACGUUGGUGAUGACGACGCAUAACCUUUUCUUCGGCGGCACGGAGACCACGAGCACCACUCUGCGCUAUGGGCUCCUCAUUCUGCUUAAGUACCCAGAGAUGGCAGCCAAAGUGCAGGCCGAGCUGGACGCUGUGGUAGGGUGGAUGCACACUCCGAGGCUGGAAGACCGUGAGCGCCUGCCCUACACCAGUGCCGUGCUGCACGAGAUCCAGCGCCUCAUCAGCGUGCUGCCGUUGGGGCUGCCACGUGCCCUCACCCGUGACACCCACCUGCGUGGCUACAUUCUGCCCAAGGUGCCCACCAAGCAUGAGGAUUCUGUGCGGGUCUGUGAGCACCUAUACCCGAAAUCAUCAGCCCUGAGCAUGUGCAAUGCCAAUUCACAAAGCCCUGGUAGCAGGAAAGAAGGCCCACCUUCCCACUGGCUUUACAGUGGGGUCUUGGAUGGAGGAAAGGCAGUGACUAACCAAGUCCCCUGGGGUUACCCCUGUGUACCCCCCCUCCCAGGGUACCUUUGUGAUUCCUCUGCUCAUGUCUUCACACCGGGACCCCACCCAGUUCAAAGACCCAGACUGCUUCAACCCCACCAACUUCCUGGACGACAAGGGCAACUUCCAAAGCAACGAUGCCUUCAUGCCCUUUGCCCCAGGAAAGCGGAUGUGCCUGGGUGCAGGCCUGGCGUGAUCAGAGAUGAUCUUCUUCUUCACCACCACCCUGCAGCGCUUCUGCCUGCUCCCUGGGGGGUCCCAGCAACGUCGACCUCACCCCGCAGCGCACUGGCCUGGGCAACAUCCCCCCAGCCUUCCAGCUCUGCCUGGUGGCCCGCUGAGUCAGGCUCAGCCGCCCUCUGCUCUGGCUCCCAGACCUCCUUACCCCUUUGGUCAAUAAAGGCCCUGAACGCAGCUGGACGGGUCUCCUUACCAGUAAGAGGGAGCGGGAGAAGCAGAUGUUUGCAGCUCUGA